GAGUGAAAAUGGAUGCAGCCCAGCCAGCGUGCAAGGGAGUGGGAACAGGCCCUGCCGCUGCUCAGCCUGGGAGCGGUGGGGAGGGCUGGGCAGGACGUGGGCAGAGGAUCCGGGAGGAGGAAGCCCUCAGUUCCGAGAUGCAGCAUUGGCACUUCAGGAAUAGUCCCCUUCAGGAGGCCGAGGGGCCGCGCGAGCUCUGCAGCCGCCUUCACCGCCUUUGCUGGGGGUGGUUGCAGCCAGAGAAACACACCAAGGCUCAGAUGUUAGACCGGGUGAUCUUGGAGCAGUUCCUGACUGUCCUGCCCAGGGAGAUGGAGCGCUGGGUGCGGGAGUGCCGAGCGGAGACCAGCUCCCAGGCGGUGGCCCUGGCGGAAGGCUUCCUCCUGAGCCGGGCGGCGGAGAAGGAGCAGGAAGGACGCCAGGUUCCAUGGCCCUUCCUGGAGGUGGGCACUAAUUGUCCUAAGGAAAGGGUGGAUCCUGCAAAUCCCUCUCAGGAGCCGUGUUUCCGAGGGAUCUCCAAGGAGGAAGGUCAAGGUCAGGACGCCUCACUAGGUAAGGGAAGAUCCUUCUACGUGUUUGGAGGUUUUCCAGAGAGAUUCUAGUUAUCCUUAAUUCCCUGUAUCUUCUCGUGUCUAGUCGUUGGACUUACCAGAAGGUGACUGAACAGGAAAGCCUUAACUCUCUCUCUUCGAGCUAGAAGGCUUAAGCCCCAGGAAGGAAGUCCUUCCCGUCAGUCCAUGCACUGCCUUCAGAUGAUUCCCCAUUUGCAGAAGACUGACCUCUUCUGCGGAAUGGCCUGGGUUGCAU